UACCUGUUUGUUUGUUUGUUUGUAGACACAUCCCUCUUAUCUUGUCCCCCCUUCUUUGGACCCAGCAGUGUCCGCAUGGCAGCAUCCGCGCAUGCGCAGCGCAGCCUGCGCGUUACAGUCAUGAAGUUGAGUCUAACGCUUAUGAACAGCCUGCUGCUCAAACUUGGACGCGGACUAAAAAUAAUGGUUUUUCCUGCACAAGUCAGAGGUCCCUGCACCGAGACCGAGUCCCGGACCGUCCGUAUGACCUGGUAGAGGUCUCUGGUCCAGUGUAACUCACUUCUCGGGCUUGUGUUUUGGGUAGUUUUUUGGAUCGGUUUAGUUUAUAAAGUCUUGCCGGUAAUGGGCAGCAGUGGCUGAAGUGCCUCGGAGCGGUCAGUGACGGGCUGCAGACAGCAGGGAGAGCUGUGCGUCGACCACACGCUGCAUUUGAUGAUGGUCACAGCUCCAAUGAAGUGAAGCAAAAGCUGCGAGAAGAUUUCUGCGUGGGACAAAAGACAGUCAUACUUACAGUGAGCAGUGGAUCACGACUAAAGAAGUCAUGGAGGCCUCACAGGACCUCAGCGAACAGAUGGUGAAGAAAUCACACAGUGAAUCUCAUGUUCCAGACCCUUCAGACACCAGGUCUAUGGAAAUGCAGGACCUAGCCAGUCCUCAUAACCGCGUGGGAGGUGGAGAAUCCACAGGCUCCAAACUCGACAAGAACAACCUUGGAAGCCCCUCCAUCACCACCAACGGAACAGGAGGUGAAAAUAUGACCAUUCUAAACACAGCUGAUUGGCUGUUGGGCUGCAGCAGCUCACCACCCGCCCCGGGAUCCAAGGACUAUGUGAAAACCGAGCCUAUGAACAACAGCGAUGCAGUCACUACAACAGGCGAGACAGCGCUAGACACAUAUGCAGGCUCAGUAAUCACCAGCAGUGGAUACAGCCCUCGCUCUGCCCAUCAGUACUCUCCUCCCUUAUAUCCUUCAAAGCCCUACCCUCACAUCCUCUCCACACCUGCAGCUCCCCCGAUGCCGACCUACGCUGGUCAACCUCAGUUUAGCAGCAUGCAGCAGUCUUCUGUCUACACGGCUUACUCCCAGACAGGACAGGCCUAUGGACUGUCCACCUACGACCUCGGUGUGAUGCUGCCAGGCAUUAAGACAGAGAGCGGUCUGGCCCAGAGUCCGUCUCCUCUGCAGACGAGCCUCAGCUACAGCCCCGGCUUCACCACACCUCAGCCUGGUCAGACUGCAUACUCACCCUAUCAGAUGCCAGGUUCCAGUUUCACUCCCUCCUCAGGCCUUUACAGCACCAACAACUCAGUGUCCAACCCCGCCAACUACACUGCCACACAACAGGAUUAUCCCUCAUAUACCACGUUUGGCCAAAACCAGUACGCCCAGUAUUAUUCCACCUCCACUUAUGGGACUUACAUGACCUCUAACAGCGUGGACGGUACCGGCUCCACAGCAGCCUACCAGCUACAGGACCCCAGCCCGGCUUUGACUGGACAGGCUGCAGAACUUCAUCCAGGGGACUUUGACACAGUGCAGAGCCCCUCAACGCCCAUCAAAGAGCUGGAUGACCGAGCCUGUCGGAGUGGGGGGUCCAAGUCCAGGGGAAGGGGCCGCAAGAACAACCCCUCCCCUCCCCCUGACAGUGAUCUAGAGAGGGUGUUUGUGUGGGAUCUCGAUGAGACAAUUAUUGUCUUCCAUUCUCUGCUCACUGGUUCCUAUGCACAAAAAUAUGGCAAGGACCCACCUAUGGCAGUAACACUGGGUCUAAGGAUGGAAGAGAUGAUCUUCAACUUGGCCGACACACACCUGUUCUUUAAUGACCUGGAGGAAUGUGAUCAGGUACAUAUUGAUGACGUAUCAUCAGACGACAAUGGCCAGGAUUUAAGUACUUACAGUUUUGCAACUGAUGGCUUCCAUGCAGCUGCAACUAGCGCCAACCUGUGCCUGGCUACGGGUGUCCGCGGCGGCGUCGACUGGAUGAGGAAACUGGCCUUCCGCUACCGACGGGUCAAAGAGUUGUAUAGCACAUACAAAAACAAUGUGGGGGGUCUGCUGGGUCCUGCUAAGAGAGACGCCUGGCUGCAGCUCAGGGCAGAAGUCGAGGCUCUCACUGACUCCUGGCUCACACACGCACUCAAGUCUUUGUCCAUCAUCAGCUCCAGGAGUAACUGUGUCAACGUGUUGGUCACCACAACGCAGCUCAUACCAGCACUUGCUAAGGUUCUCUUAUACAGUCUGGGGUCGGUUUUCCCUAUCGAGAAUAUUUACAGUGCAACAAAAAUAGGCAAAGAGAGCUGUUUUGAGCGUAUAGUCUCCCGCUUUGGCACUAACAUUACAUAUGUUGUGAUUGGCGAUGGGAAGGAUGAAGAGCAUGCAGCCAGCCAGGUAAACAAACAUCUCCUGAACUUUGACCCCUCUGACCAUGUGACCCUCCUUCCUCCCCUUGUUUAUUUGUUUUUUGCAGGAAAAGAGAGUUGCUUUGAGCGCAUAAUGCAAAGGUUUGGCAGGAAAGUAGUGUAUGUUGUAAUUGGGGACGGUGUGGAAGAGGAGCAGGCGGCCAAAAAGCACAACAUGCCUUUCUGGAGGAUAUCCAGUCACUCUGAUCUGCUGGCACUACACCAAGCACUGGAGUUUGAGUACCUGUAGCUAUUUUAAGAAAUAUGGACUUAAGCAAUAUUUCAUGUGACGACGGACAUUGUCGGCAAGGCAGCGCCCCCUACCCCUUCUUCUUUUGUAUAACUAUUUAAUAACAAACAAUACACUGCAACUGUUUUGUGAUUCCCCAUCCCCUUUUGUUGGGGUUUUUUUUUUUCUUUUUUUGGAAUAUUUGAAUUUUACAAACUCUCUACGGUCUUAAAAAGUGAUGUCAAGGCAGAGGCAGAUGAAUUAGAGGACAGCAGGGGAUGACAUCUCAUCUAGCUACAGCACUCCUGCUCAUCCUCUCUGCCCGCGAUGUUGAGGACGCACCUCCCUGACAAUCCAGCAGCUGGAUUAGAGACACUUGGUGCAGACAGAAGGACAAACAUUGGUCCGGGAUGCGGUGUUUGACAAACGUAGGCAUAUUUAUUCUGAGGCAACAGCCUGGUCUGUUGUGGGUCACAGGAGGUGAACUGUCCCCUUACAAUAAAGGUCUCUUUAUAAAUGGUAGGAUUGUGUGUUUGCAGGAAUAAGAGCUGCUUUUAUAUGGUGGUAUAAUCAACUCAACAAUGCAGUCUGUGGCAGCAAUUCAUGUAAAUUAUUAACCUUGAACUUAAGAACAGUGGUGGAUGCUUUAAAAAAAAAAAAAAAGGAAAAUUUUAUGUUUUGGGUCUUUUUUUUUCUCUGGAUUUUGUAUUUUUUUUUUUUUCUUUUUUGAGAAACUGAGGAUGUGCGUAAUGAUGUGUUGUGCCUUAACGUGUUUGAAUGUCUUUUCUUUAUUUACAAAUGUCUAUGUAUGUAGAUAUAAAGAAGUAAUGUUAUCCAACAAACUUCUGCCUUGUGUCUUUUUUGUUAAAAAUUCAAAAACACUUCAACACAGCUUCCUCUAUUACUCUAGUUUUUUUUUCAUGAACCAGACUAAAAUAUCACGUAAUUUACAGGCUGCAAUUUUUGUAUUUUCUUCUUUUUUAAAUCUGUGGUUCUGAAAACUUCAGUGAACUACCUCUGACAGUAACUCAAAUGAACAAAUACAAAAUAAAGCAAAUGAGCACACUAUACCAUGUCUCAACCAUGUACAAUUAGACACAACUGGCACAUUAAGUUAUAACACAAAACACAAGCUGCCACCAGAAAAA